AGGUGGAAGCUGUGGACUCCUUCCUAGUAUUGACAGUGACCAAGCAAUAGUUGCUCUGACUUAGGUUUUGCCAGUAAAAGUUUACGCUUGGGCUGAUAUGGGUGUUCCGAAGUUUUUUCGCUAUAUCAGCGAAAGGUAUCCAUGCCUGAGCGAAUUGGCGCGCGAGCACAGCAUUCCUGAAUUCGAUAACCUUUACCUGGACAUGAAUGGCAUCGUCCACAACUGCUCUCAUCCGGAUGACAACAAUAUACACUUUUACAUGGAGGAACAGCAGAUAUUUCAGGAGAUAUUCAACUAUGUGGAUAAGCUAUUCUACCUGAUUAAACCUCAGAAACUCUUCUUCCUGGCUGUUGAUGGAGUUGCCCCAAGGGCGAAAAUGAAUCAACAAAGAAGUCGUCGCUUCCGCUCUUCUCGAGAGGCUGAGUUGCAGGAGGCCAAAUCGCUGCAAAGAGGAGAACAGCGGGAGCACGAGAGAUUUGAUAGUAACUGUAUCACACCAGGCACUGAUUUCAUGGAGCGGCUGCAACAGGGUCUCCGUUUCUUCCUAAAGACAAAGAUCUCCACGGAUCCACUCUGGCAGAAGUGCUCUGUGAUUCUCAGUGGACAGGAGACGCCGGGCGAGGGUGAACACAAGAUUAUGGACUACAUCCGCUUUUUGAAGGCCCAACCUAACUUUGACCCCAACACCAGGCACUGUUUGUAUGGCCUGGACGCGGAUCUUAUUAUUCUGGGUAUGUGCACGCACGAGUUGCACUUUGUGGUUCUACGCGAGGAAGUCAAGUUUGGGCGCAAUGUUAAACGUGCUUCCGUCGAAGAGACGCGCUUUUUCCUCUUACAUCUCGGGCUGCUUCGGGAGUACCUUGAACUGGAGUUCCACGAGCUGACCACCGCUCAACAGAAACUAGAUGUGGCACAGCUAAUCGAUGACUGGGUCCUUAUGGGCUUCAUGAUCGGCAACGAUUUUAUUCCUCAUCUGCCCUGCCUUCAUAUCUCCUCCAAUGCCCUACCGCUGUUGUACAAGACCUACAUACGUAUUCACCAUUCCCUUGGUGGCAACAUCAACGAACACGGCAAGCUCAACCUGCAGCGACUGCAGACCUUCAUGACGGCUCUUAGCGAAGUAGAGUUGGAGCAGUACAAGGAGCAUGCCGACGAUCUAAAAUAUACGAAUUCCAAUACAGAGGCCUUUGACAUAGACAUUCAAGAGAAAUCUUCCAAAAACUACGAUUCUGACUUGGAAGCCUUGAUCGAUGACAGCGUUAAGCUCUACACAGACGACAGUGAGGAUCUAAACGACGAAGAAUGUGGCAUGAUAAAAGAGUUCCAAAACUACAAACGUAACUAUUACCGUAACAAGUUUAAUAUUAGCUCGUGGGGACAGAAUCAGCUGAUCGAAAAUUUGGGGCAACACUAUGUGACGGCGCUGCAGUGGAUCCUGGAUUAUUAUUAUAGGGGUGUACAAUCGUGGGACUGGUACUAUCCCUUUCACUAUGCCCCUUUCAUCAGUGACCUGAAUAGUGUCGAGACUGUUAAGAUAAAGUUCCAGUUAGGAACGCCUUUUCUUCCCUUCGAACAGUUACUCGCUGUUUUGCCGGCAGCCAGCUUCAGGCUCCUUCCUGCUGCCUAUCACGAUCUCAUGCUAAAACCGACCAGCCCGUUGGCGGAAUUUUACCCCACAGAAUUUAAGAGCGAUCUGAAUGGUAAAAAGCACGACUGGGAGGCCGUCGUUCUCAUACCGUUCAUAGACGAGUGCCUACUACUCAGCGCAAUGCGGCCUUGCGAAGCUCAGCUUUCGACCGAGGAGAGAGCUCGAAAUAGGCACGGACCUAUGUACCAGUACGACUACAGUCCCCACGAUGCGGGCUCGAUGGCAGCCCUGCCACCGCUGAAGGCUCUGCAGCGCGUCAACUGCACCGAAGUGGCCCGGUGGGCCGGAGAUAUUAUCCUGAAUCUCUCACACAGCGUUUGUGUUGAAAUGCCGAAUUCGGCGCGCCACGUCUUCUUCCCUGGCUUUCCUACUAUGAAGCAUCUAUCCUUCGAUUUUGAGUUGCGGCACGGUCGGGUGAAAGUCUUUGAGCAAGUCAGCCGCAACCAAAACAUGGUGCUGAUGCCACGAAAGCAAACGAUGGAUGAUUCAUUGGAUUCAUUUGCUGCACGGUAUUUGGAAAAGGUGGUGCACAUUGGAUGGCCCCAUCUUAUAAUGGCCAAGGUUGUAAUGGUCGCCACACGGAACCAGUGUAUCGACAAGGAGGGAAAGUCUUCCAACGAAUCGCGACGAUUUGAUAUGGAGUGCAAGACGCUGCAAGAACACUUUAGUACGCGCAUGGGCAUUCAGUUCGACAACUACGAUGUUCUCGUAUACGUUCGAACGUACGCGGGAAGUUCCGUCCAUUUUGGCGCAAAGGGCACUGUGCAAAUGAAGGAUGCCUGGAGUAGCAGUAUUACUGAAUACCCUGCUCAGGGCUUGGUAUGCGAACUGUCUGUGCAAAAUAACAUGCGCCAGCAAUUCUCCAAAAUAGAGCAACUUUUCCCCUCCGGCAGCUUAGUUUUUUUCAUCGGCAGUCCUUAUUAUGGUAGCGAAGGCACUGUACUGGACCCACUGCUCGUCUAUAGCUGCGGACGCAUCCAGAUAAAUAUUCGGGUUCUUCCCGAACCGAACAUGGAGGAGGCGCGUCAGGAGCAGGACGAACGCGAUAAGGACUAUAUAAAUACCUUCGACGUCUGCCGCCAGCUGAACAUCAAUGGCAGAGCCCUGGGCCGUCUGACCGGCACCUUCUGGGUGGUGCUCGGCCCGCGGCGCGAAAAGAUGGAAAACGUAGCCAAACACAAUAUAGGACUCCAGUUGAAGUAUCCCCGACAGAACGAGGUGCGGGCCGGUUACUGCCGCCGCUCAAACAACCAGUGGUUCUACUCUAGCCUAGCCCUCGAGCUGAUGCAAAGAUACUGCGAGCGCUUUCCUGAGGUAGUCAAGUACUUCAACGUUAGCAACGAUAGGAACGAGUACUUUUUUGAACAAGACAUUUUCCCGGAUGCCAUGGGUCAACACCAUAUUGAGGAUCUGGCUAAUUGGGUACGUCAGCAACCGCACAUGAAGGUGGAUCGCAUUGCCUGCGGCUCCAAGACAGUCUGCAAGGAAACUGUGGAACUGCUGAUUUUCGCCGUCGAGGAGCUGCGUCCAAUGCCUGUGAAGGAUGUAAAGCUGCAGGUGAAGCCGCACCUCCUCAUUAAACCAAAUGUCACACUGCCCGAAGCGUAUAAAUCACGUCGACCUGUGCGCCUCUUCGAUCGCGUCAUAAUCGUUCGCACCAUCUACAUGAUUCCAGUCGGCAUCAAAGGUACUGUCAUUGGCGUACACCCUGUCACCGAUCCCAAUCCUGUUCGGCUAGAGUGCGUUCGUGCCAUCGACACCUUCUGUGAGGUUCUCUUCGACAAGUCCAUUCCCAACUGCAACGACAUUCACGGCAUAGCGGAGGAGCGUGUUUACAAGAUACCAGAAAAUGCUCUCCUUGUAAUUUGCUUAAAUGAAAAUGGACAGAAUCAGCAGUCAGAAAUUCGGAAAAGGCGACAGAGCUUUCAUCAUUCCAACCAAACGAACGCCCCUCGUAUUGAAAAGCGAGAACAACAGAAUAUAAAGCCACAACGGCAGCAGCAGCAACCACGGGUGACUAGCAGACGUUACGUUACGGCUGCAGGGUCGAACUGGAAUGAAAUCACGAUGAAAACUAAGAUUGCCCAUGAGUUUGUCAAGCCGCGGUCCGACUUCCCGUUUAAAUUUGAGCAGGCCAAGUCGGCUCAAGAUGGUGCACACCAUCAGCAAUGUUAUUUUGCCAACCGGAGUUUUUCGACCUUGCAAACUAAGCCUCAAGUGGAGGACACAAAGGAAAGUUGUGGCCAGAGGUCUACUCGACUUCAGGGAGGCAGUGUUGGCACAGUUCCGAAACCAAGAACCACAUCGCAAGCGAUCGCGACGCCACAAGAACAGACUUUAGCUCUCAUGUCGCUUCUGGGCUUGAAUAAAGAGCAGGACCCACUGCAGCAGCCACUUGGUCAUGUAACUCGUAUGUACCCGCAACAGCAACAGCAACAAACGCUAAAAUUUCAAUCACAAAUAGUGAAGCGACCACUUCCUGGACAAAUGCCUAAACUGCCACAGCCUCCGCUCUUUUGGCAGAAGGAGGCUCAGCAGCAAAAACAGCAGGCACAGCAAGCCAACCGCGUUCAGACCCAACAUUGCUUUAAAUCUCUGCAGACACUGGAGGUAGAUCUUCGUCAGAAAGAUGCGUGUCUCACACAGCAGCAUGCUAAUCACCAGAAUCAAAUACAACGGCAUUCGCAACAGAUGCCUCCCCAUAUGUACCUAAUGACUAAUAACAACGGAAACCAAGAAUAUUAUAAAAAACCGCUGGGGCAUGAAGUCUAUAAUAAUAGCAACCUUCGGACAACACUUGAGCAGAAACAGGAUCAGGCACAACAUCCCCAGCAUCUGCAAUAUAUAGUCAGUACCAGACCUCAUUAUUCUUCUAUAAAAGACUUUGUGCCCAUACAGGCAUAUCGUCCCAAGAUAUCGCAGUGCCAUCAAUCAAUCGGUCAAUCGGCGAAAGUGCCGUCGUCGACAACAGCAGAAGUAAACUCCCGAACUAGUCCUCGGAAGGCAGUACCAGACAAAAUUACUGCUGCACUGAAACAAACGCUGAACACACAGCCUUCGACAUCGCAAGCUGAAUGUACUACCGUGUUAGAUGGGAAGGUCGAUUCGGGUGCAGGUGCAGAUACAGAUGCAGGUGGAGCAUCCACAACAGCCCAGCUAAAGAUGAAGAAACAACGAGUUCCUCGUAUUGGCGCAAAAUUCGAUUUGGAUUAUAUUAUACAUUGAACUCAAAAGACGAAGACAACGGACACUUAGAAAUCACACGCAGCUCAUUGAAAUAAAUUAUCUUAAUAUUAA